UCUUCGAAUGUCACGUGAACGAAGCUUCGCACAAUAAUCAUGGCGCCCGUGAGCAAAAAACGCAACGUGAUUUCGGCAAAAACAAUUCAACAAAGUGCUAAGAGAGCAAAAAUUGACUUAAAUAGCAAAGUCGAUAGUAUACUUGAGAAUAAAAAACGUGCCAACGACGUUUUUGACAUCUUCGAGGUCCUUGAGUCAGAAAAGGAGAAGGAUGUUAUCAGUGCUAUCGAUACGUGCAGCAAAUUGUUCUGUACCUUGUUGGAGAGGAAAGAGCUGUUCGUAGGAAAACUGCCCGAAGAGGAGGAGGCGCUGAGUGACUUAGGAGGGUAUAGUGCUGAAGAGAAGUACCGCAUUUUCAUGAGACACCGUUACAACAGCUGUGUGGAGAUGCUGCUGGAGCACCUCAGCCAUGAGCUUCACGGAGUCAAGGAGAGUGCCCUGUGCUGCCUGAUGAAGUUUGCGGCAGGGGAAGGACAGCAUCCACUCGAGGACCUGGACUGGAGUGAGCACUACAGCUUCCCAAGAGAACUCAUCCUGGCGAUGGUUAACAGAUUGCUGUCCAAAACGACGGACAACUCCCUGCUGAUCUCCAGAUUCCAGGAGUUCCUUGAAAUGGAGGAUGUACGGUAUUAUGUCAUGAGCUCCAUUCGGGACAAUGUGGCCACGGUCAUGGACAAAAACAAAGGGGCAGUGCUGCCUGUAUAUCAGAACAAUGCGUUCACUCUCAUGUCCAACAUCAGUGUGCCAAGCCAGGAGUCUGAGCUCACCAACUUUAUGGUCAAACAGGAAGCCAAACACGAGGACUGGAAAGCUGCUAAACUGAAUGAACACAAGCGCAUCUUUGAGAGGAUGUGGCUGGGCUUUCUCAAGUACAAGUUGCCAAGCAACAUGUAUAAGAAGGUCCUGGUGAUCCUCCAUGACUCCAUUCUUCCCCACAUGAGUAAACCCACACUGAUGAUUGACUUCUUGACUGCUGCUUAUGAAGUUGGUGGGGCCAUUAGCCUGUUGGCCCUCAAUGGCCUUUUUGUCCUCAUCCAUCAGCACAACCUAGAUUACCCUGAUUUCUACAAGAAGUUGUAUAAUCUUCUUGAGCCUUCCAUUUUCCAUGUGAAGUACAGGGCACGCUUUUUCCACCUGGCUAACCUCUUCCUUAGCUCCAGUCACUUGCCAGUGUAUUUAGUGGCUGCGUUUGCCAAACGGCUGGCUCGUUUGGCUCUCACAGCACCACCCACAGCCCUGCUCAUAGUACUGCCCUUCAUCUACAACCUGAUCCGUCGCCAUCCAUCUUGCAGAGUCCUUAUUCACAAGCCCAGCACAGAAGGUGAAGCCUUGGAGGAUCCGUAUCUGAUGGAUGAAGAGGAUCCUGCUCUGUGCCUUGCCUUAGAGAGCAGUCUGUGGGAGAUUAAGACUUUACAGAAGCAUCACCAUCCAGAUGUUGCCAAAACUGCUAUGUUGAUCAACACAGCGCUGCCACAACAAGAGGAUGACAUCAGCGAGGUGCUGGAGAUAACAACCUAUGAGCUGAUGGAGAGAGACUUGGAGCAGUCUCAGAUCAAGAGCAUCCCGCUGGAGUUUGAAACUGCCACAGAGUUGCUGAAAGGAGGAGGAGAUGUGUUGGGGCAGCACUUUUGUCUGAAUUAAAACAAGUACAAUCAAGGAAUUGCAAUUACAGUGUGGUAUACAUUUUUUUGUAAUACAUUUGAUCUGGAGUUGUGUUAUUAUGGUGUUUUUUUUUUUUUUUUGCUAUGACCAUCGACAUCCUUGUCUUUAUGACUAUUGUACAUCAAUAAAAACCAUGUCCGAAUGUCAUGGUGAA